UGAAGGCCCAGGCGCGGCUGCCAUGGCGUCCAUCGCUAAGCAACAGACGGGUUCUCUGGUCGCCCCUCACCUGGGUAUGGUGUUGUCCGCUCUACUGCAGGGACUGGUUGGACGCACCUGGACUGGAAAGGAGGAGCUGUUGAACGCCAUCGGCUCUGUGGUGUCUAAGUGCAGUGGUGAACUCCAGAAGUCCUCCCCCGGGCCAGCCCAGUGUACCAGAGGUGAUAGAUCUGGUGUUGAAGGAGUGUCGUAAAGACAACCUGGUCUACAAGAUGGCUGCCCUGGGCUGUGCUGCUGACGUCCUGCAGGCCACACAGGAAGACCGCUUCAGUGAUAUGGCAGACAUACUCAUUCCACUCAUU